AGACCGAAGCUAGUAACGAGAUCCAAGCCUAUUAACCGAGCUCACAUUUGUGGUAGAGAGAGCGUCUGAGCUAUGGCCGCCUCUACUCUCGCCGUGAGCACUGUGAGCGCUGGGGCAUUCCUUGGCCAAUCCGUUUCUGUGAAUCGCGCCUCAGUGAAGCCAAUCGUGGGAUUGCCGGCAUUGCGAGGCGGGAGGAUCCUUUGCUCGGCCGAGAAGAAGGAAUCCGCAGCAUCUGGCAUCGCUGCAUCGUUUGCUACAGCGGCAGCUACCUUCGCCGCAGCUCAUCCUGCUCUAGCUCUUGUGGAUGAGAGAUUAUCGACAGAGGGCACUGGGCUUGGAUUGGGAGUGAGCGAUGGAUCGCUAGCUUGGAUUCUCGUCAUCGUUCCUUUCGCGCUGUGGGGCUUCUUCUACAGUUUCUCUCAGACGCUCCCCAGUGGAGAGGACGAUGGAGGAUUGUCGCUGUAAAAUCACUUGAAUAUCUUAAAUGUAAAAUCUAGCCCGCCAUAAUUUCAAGGUU